ACCCAGUGCUGGCACACGCACAAGCACGAUGAAAGUAAAUCAAAUCAUAGGCAGUUUUUAGGUCGUUAAAUCUCUGAGUUGGACAGACAGUGAUAACCUCAAAUCAUAUCAUUUGCUGUUUCAAUUUCCGUCUUCCACAAUGUUCCACAACAACAACAACAACAGUGUGUCGAUCUCCGUCUCGGACGACGAACCCGACGAGCUGGGUCGGAUGCGGAUCCGCGCGCGGCGGAAGCGGAAGAAACUCGGGAACAGACGAUUGGUGAGGAAGCUGCUCCUCAAAUACUGGAUGCUUCUCAUCAUUGUUCCCGCCCUGGCUUUGCUCGUUUUCGAGGCCACCCGAAUUGCCCGAAGUCCCAGUUCAAACACAGAAACGCGCAACAAUAAAGCUGAUAGAUCGCGCAAGGAACCCCCUGCAAACUUGAAUCGCCUCGAUCCUACCACCCAUGUUGUCGCUGGUGUCAGAGAACGUUGCUUGAAGCUCCUACCACCUGAGAAGCUUGAGCAACUGGAUAUCCCUGUGGAAGAAGAAUCUUCUAGUGUUCCUGUUGGUGAAGUUUUAUACAUGUCAGAGAGUGAUAGGUCUUUUGUAGGAGGGAGUGUUACGUUGUCUCAAUUGCGUACAGAGGACACGAGGUUUAAUUUGUUUACUGGAAAUCAAACAUUUGACCAGAGAGAUCAAAGUUUUGAGGUGAAAGAAACAUUGGCGGUACAUUGUGGGUUCUACAGUGUGAAUGGAGGGUUUAAGAUAUCUGAUGAAGAUAAAAGUUACAUGCAAGGUUGCAAAGUUGUUGUAUCUACUUGUGCAUUUGGUGGUGGAGAUGAUCUGUAUCAACCCAUUGGAAUGUCUGAGGCUUCGCUUAAGAAGGUUUGCUAUGUAGCAUUCUGGGAUGAAAUCACCCUAAAAGCACAGGAAUUAGUGGAGCGCAGGAUUGGGGAAAAUGGAUUCAUUGGAAAAUGGCGUGUUGUUGUUGUUCAGGAUCUUCCUUUUGCCGAUCAAAGGUUGAAUGGUAAAAUUCCCAAGAUGUUAAGCCAUCGCCUUUUUCCUCAAGCAAAAUACUCAAUUUGGGUAGACUCCAAGUCCCAAUUCCGGAGAGACCCACUAGGUGUGUUGGAAGCACUCCUUUGGCGCACAAAUUCAUUACUUGCUAUAUCAGAACAUGGAGCUCGCAGUAGUGUCUAUGAUGAGGCUAAGGCUGUUGUCAAGAAGAACAAAGCCAAGCCAGAGGAAGUUGAAGUGCAACUGAAUCAAUACAGAAAAGAUGGCUUGCCUGAAGACAAGAGAUUUAGUGGAAAAAAAGCUCUAUGUGAAGCCUCUGUUAUUGUGAGGAAGCAUACACCAGUAACUAAUCUAUUGAUGUGCGUCUGGUUUAAUGAGGUGGUUCGCUUCACUUCUAGGGAUCAGCUCAGCUUCCCGUAUGUCCUGUGGCGGCUGAAAGCAUUCAAAAACAUCAAUAUGUUUCCUGUUUGUACUCGCAAGGAUCUUGUCAAUAGUAUGGGCCAUGUCCGCAAGGCCAAACCUUUGCAAAGCUGAUUUAGUAAAAUUUGUUGAAAGCAAUGAAUGCCUACCUGCAUUUAUCUAACUCAUUCCUUAUUCCAUUAGUUUCUUUAGCCAAUCUGAAUCAGGUAUAUGUGUUCUUUUUCUGACCUCACCCCCUUUACUCUCAUAGCCAGUGAAUGGUUAUAAUUUGUAUUUAGUAUUUAUUGUUUACUGUGAGUUCUUUGAUUAGGUUAUUUCGGAAAGGAUAUAGAAAGGCAAAUCAAACAAAGAAGAGAUUUUGCUUUGAACCUGUUUCCCAACACAAAUUUCUAUAAUAACAACAACGUUUUCAUAAAUUGUGAUAUUGCUUUGCCCAUUUUAUUUUGUGAAAAUAAAUAAAUGCUGCCAUAUGUAGUUGUUGGAAUAGAUAUCUCCUGUCAGACAUGCAGCAAUUACUCCAGGGGCAGCAAAUGAUGGCAAGGAAAAUGGUCACAUGAGACACACAAAGAGAUAGUUAGGCCCAGAGCAAAACUUCAAACCACUGAUGCAACAGAUGCGUUGUCAGUUCGGUUAUGCAUUGUUGAUACACCAGUGGAACACAACAUAAAGCAUAGAAAGAAGCCAUUGAAAAUCCUGAGAUAGAGAAGUUACAUGACGAGAGGGAACCAUUUUAAGGUUGGGUAGUUUUUGAGGAAAUGGCUUGGAUUAAGUUGUUGGUGGAUGUCAAUUUUAAUGGUCAUUUUUAGUUUUC